GACAUACUCAUACUUCCACAGAAAGUCAGAGAAACUCAACAAGAACAGACACACGCACCUACAACCACAGACUCACACCACAGACAGAGACUCAGAGGCAGUAUGGGAGACCUGCAGAUCCAGAUGCUCCAUGGUAAGGACCAGGGGUCACGGCUCCUCCACCACCCAGCCAGGAUAACGGUAGAAGGGCUCAUCCAUCGGUCCCUGGAGGCCAAGGAGUUUUCCUACUGUCCCUACAGCAAGUUCAGGGUCGGGGCUGCCCUCCUGGCCCACGACGACAGAGUGUUCACAGGUUGCAAUGUGGAGAACGCGUGUUACAACCUGGGUGUGUGUGCAGAGAGGAACGCCAUCGCUAAAGCAGUGUCAGAGGGAUACCGUAGCUUCAAGGCCAUUGCUAUUGCCAGUGACUUACAUGACCAGUUCAUUUCACCAUGCGGUGGCUGCAGACAGUUCAUGAGAGAGUUUGGGGCCAGCUGGGACGUGUAUCUGUCCAAGCCAGAUGGCACGUACGUAGAGAUGAACGUUAGUGAGCUGCUUCCUGUCUCCUUCGGCCCAGAAGACCUGUCCAUGAAGAAAGUCCUCAAGAUCUCCAACGAGUAUUAACCUGUUAUAACAACCACUGGAGGGGGUGCUAGAUAAAUACACUUAUGUUGUAAAUUAUUGAUAUCUAUUACACAAGUCUUUGAUAUACAGUAGAUUGGGGUAAAAGGAUAUAGAAUUCUAAUCCAGAAAAAUUACAUUUUAGGUAGCAUGUGCAGACUGGAAAGUAGCGCUGUGUCAAAGGUCUAUGAAUGUAUGUUUAUGCAUUUUCAUUGUUCAUGUAUAUCGAGAUUGUAAAUAACAUAUUUAAGUACAUUGAUCAAUUUGUAUUCAAUACAUUUGUAAAAUAUUUUGUCACA